AGCCUCUUCAGCGGCUGGAGCCAACAACGGGUCGGCAGAAGGACCGCAAGACUGUGGUUCUUGCUACAUGAUAAAUAUGGUGUCUGUCAUGGGCAUUAUUGCCUCUGAUAUCCUCCUGACCAUCUUCAUCACUAUUUCUGUGUUCUGCUUUGCAAGUCACCACAAGAAAAGGAGAGAAUGGGAUUCUCGUGAUGGUAAAAGAAAUCUGCCAUCUUCAGUAUCAAAGAAAAUGGCAACAGAAGUCACAGAAUCUCCCUAUCAGGAGUUACAUGGAGUCCAAUCAGAUGUGUACAGUGAGCUUCGGCACUUUAGGAAGUGAAACAAUGGAGCUUCAAAAAAAUCCCAACAAGUCUGAAAGCUAUAACUGGACAACACCACACACUCUUCUACACACUUCUUGUUUUGCCACUUAUACUGCUGAAGCAUUAUAGGUAAUAAAUUACGUUAUAAACAUAA